AUGGAUCGGUUCAAUAAUCGACGGAGGUCGUCUGAUUCAGAGAAUAUCCCUCUGAAUCAGGAAAGAGAGGUGCCUCAGAUCGAGAUCUCGACAGACUCAAACAACAUCUUGAAUCUGCCGCCUCGCGAACGGUCUUCGUUGUACGAUAUUGACGAUUCGAAAUCUUUUUCCAAGUCACGGAUCCUGCCCAAGCUCACCGUGCACACUGAUCUGCAGUCUGAAGACGAUCUCAUAAACAUCCUGCAGCAGCCGUCGCCCCAGAGAGGUCAUUCUCGCGGCUUUGAGGCCUCUCCUUCACCUACAAGCUCGCGUUUCCACAACACCAGAGUUCUAGACAACGACCGCAUACCCAUUCUUUUAGACGAGGAAAUGGACUCUGACUUUUCGGAGGGCCUGAACCUGGCUCUGGCAGAGACCAGCGACCUGUGGAUGCCUGUUAGCGAGUCGUCGGAUGCAUCCUCGCUGGACUCGGGCGUACGCAUGCGAACGGGAAAUUCGCACGAUCUGGAGUCUGGAAACGCAGAUAUCGAAAUGGCGGAUCUCAGUGGCAAGCUGGACGUGCCAGAGUCAACCAGCAUGUCGCGUCAGGACGUGACGUCCAUCCAAUCGGGUAAAAGUCUGAUCCAGCCCGUGACACCUAGCUCGCAGAUAUCGUCUGUUUUCCGCAAGUUUUCGCAGCGGCUGAACGCCAGGGGCGACGAGCACGACGGCGAGAUGGAUCUAACCGACGACAUCGAUCUGAGCGAGCGUCGGGACUCUGUGGACGACGACCAGAUGCAUUGGGGUGAUUACUCGGAUUAUGAGGAUGAUCUAGGACGUUCCACCUACUCUAAAAACACUCUUGCGGCCAACCACUCUUUGCAGACCACCGUGCUGCUUCCGGGCGAGCAAGACGACGUUUCAUCGCAGGAGACUCGAGAAAAAGAGACUCCUCGCCUAUUUGGCAAGUCGUUUGGCAUUUUCGGGCCCAGCUCAAACUUCAGAAUAGGCUGUCUGCAAAUCGCGCGCAAACCGAUCUGCGACCAGAUCAUUGCGCUGCUGUUGAUAUCGCAGACGGUCCUGUUGACCAUUCAGCAAUGGAAGGUCGAGGCAGGCUACGUCCACAAUGGAGGGUGGACCUGGGUCGACUAUAUUUUGUUUUUCCACUAUGUGGUGUACACGGCGGAAAUACUGGUCAAAUCGGUGGCGUUUGGCUUUUUCGACGACUCGCAGAUGUUCAAGGAGCUGAAGUUGGAGAAGAAACAGAGCCUGUUGCGCAGAUACCUGCGAAAGGCCGGCGAGAAGCUCCAUCUGACACACCCAAAGGCAGCGGACCAGGACUACGCGCAGUCGCGGCCGCUCAGAACAGUGACUGUCCACGGAACAGAGAAAGAGCCUGCCAAGCUGACGCGAGCGUUUCUGAGGUCCGACUGGCACAAGGUGGACUUUGUUUCUGUGGUGUCGUUCUGGAUUUCGCUUUUUAUUAGCAUCCAAAAAUUAGACAUAAAGCACCAGUGCAUGAUUUUCAGGUCGCUCAUGUGUCUCAAAAUUCUGAGACUGCUCAACAUCACGCACGGAACCCGGCUGAUCCUCAAGUCGCUCCGCAAAGCAGGCCACCAAGCUUCAGAUGCCACUUUGGUUCUGAGUGUCUUUUGGGUGCUUUUCGCUAUCAUUGGAGUCCAGUCUUUCAAGUCUUCUCUGAGAAGACAUUGUGUCUGGACCAACCCCAACAACAGCACGGACAUAUACGAGAACUCCAUGCAGUUCUGUGGAUCUUAUCUGGACCCAACAACACUCAAAGAAAAACCAUAUAUCCCUGGACACAACGACCAGACAUUCCCGUAUGCCAAGGGUUUCACCUGUCCGGUGAACUCGAAAUGCAUCUCGGGCGAGAACCCAUACGGAAACACCAUAAGUUUUGACAACAUCUUCAUUUCGUUGCAGAUGGUGUUUGUCAUUUUGAGCGCCAACACGUUUUCGGAUAUCAUGUACUACACAAUGGACAGUGACGAGAUGGCUGCCUCUCUCUACUUUAUUUUCGCCAUAUUCAUUCUGGUGGUGUGGCUGCUGAGUCUGAUUGUGGCCGUGGUCAUCAACUGCUACAGAGUCCACAUCGACGAUAUGAAAAACGCACGGCAGUCGCGCAAGACGCGGAUCCUGGUCUGGGAGUUCGAUUUCAGAGCACUGGAUGCUGCGUACGAAGACUAUCUGGCUCGCCACAACUACCUGCGCAAAUUCUGCUCCACGCGCGGAUUCUUCAACAUUCUGGUUAUCGUGGACCUCAUCAACAAAGCCCUGGUCUCUACGAACUACGACGACGAGAGCUGGGCGAGAUUGAAGACUAUGGAGCUGGCAAUCACCGUGUGUCUGUUCGCAGAAACUGCCAUCAAGAUGGCGCUUUUUGGACGGAACAUCAAGGUCUACUUCUACUCGCUGAGAAACAUAAUUGACCUUUUGCUGGCCAUCUCCACCAUGGUGAUCGCAAACUUGCAAUUGGAUCCAGAAGGAGGGCCCUAUGGCUGGACGUCGGUCCUAUUUAUUUUUCGGUUCUACAGACUAGUGGUCGCCAGGGGUCUGCUGCACAACGCCUGGAAAGCCGUUUUCUCCAAUUUCCGGCCCUUCAUCGACCUCGGCAUUUUCUUCAUCCUGGUGCUGUAUUUAACGGGCAUUGUUUGUGCGCGUUUGUUUGAGGGACUCAUUCCCGUUGACGAGUACUUGGACGACGACCAGCUGAUCAUGUACAACCUGCCCAAUGUGGUGCUUUCGCUUUAUACCAUCACCACCACCGAGAAUUGGACGAGUAUCCUGUAUCUUGCCCAGCAGUGCAGCCGGAACACCUUCACCAAGGUCUGUGUUGCUGUGUAUCUUAUUGGCUGGUUCAUCUUCUCCAACAUGGUCGUCCUCAACAUUUUCAUCGCCAUCAUCACUCAGAACUUGGGUGUCAACGACGCCAACAAAAAACGGAUGCAGAUCAAGCAGUUCUACCAGAAACUGGUGCGCGAACUGAACUCGAACAAGCAUGUUGGUCUUUUUGACGAUUUGAGAAGCCAGUGGUUUAGAAGCACCCGAAGAAGGGCCAUCAGCACGUCGCAGAUGAUUGAGCACAUGACGCACCUUCUGGAGCAAAGCAAUAUGAGUCCGGGAGAUUUUCUGGAGGAUGAGAAAGAGAGAAAAAAGCAGGAAAAUAUAGGCCUGUUUUCCAAGUGCAUGAAGCUGCUGCGCAAAUGGAAACCGUACGCUCGUCUGGAAGACAAAAUCACCGACUCUCACCUGUUUGUUUGGGCGAGAGACUGGGUGGUUUCUGCCACCAUGGCGAAAGUCGAUUUCUCGCUUGGAUUUGACUACCGAGAGCUCGACGUGAACACUGGCAGGAAAAGCUCGACUCGCGAGGUGUUCCGUCUUUUUGACGAAAACAACCUCGAUCCAGACAAGGAGCUCAAGCAACGCGCGUAUCUCGACCAGCACGUCGAGUUCAACAGAACAUUGCACUACUUUUAUCCCGACCAUCCUCUUCGCAGGUUCUGUCAACGGAUAGUGUCUCCGGCGUACGGAAAAAGAAUGGACGGUGUCGACCCGUAUCCAAAAGUGCGCGACGCUUUCUACGUUUUGAUGUUUCUUGCCACAGUGGUGGUGGUUGUUCUCGCGUGCUACGUGACACCGUUGUACAGGAAAGAGAAUUUUAUUUACGAACGGCCAUGGAACUGGGUCACCGAGGUGGAUCUAUUUUUCUCCAUCUUGUUCACGCUCGAGUUCCUGAUCAAAGUGAUAGCCGACGGAUUCGCGCGCACGCCAAACGCGUACCUGAGGUCUGCAUGGGACGCCAUUGAUUUUGUGGUGCUGAUUUCGUUCUGGAUCACCACGUUUGGAGAAAUCUACAGAGACUUCAAUCUCGUGAUUAUUGUCGGCGAAGCAAGAGCUCUGAGAGGCCUCAGAUUGCUGACUAUCACCAGGAGAUCGAAGGAGUACUUCAACUACGCAGUGAUAUCAGGAGCGCGCAAAAUGCUUGCUGCAGUCCUGAUCUCCAUGACGUUGCUGUUUCCCUUCUCUCUCUGGGGUCUGCAACUAUUUGUUGGAAAGCUGGCCACGUGCUCCGAUAGCUCUUCGGACUACGACAACUGCGUUUUGGAGUACUCCAACGAAGUCUUCAAAUGGAACGUCCUUUCACCAAGGGUGUACUCAAACCCGUACCUGAACUUUGACGGCUUCGCCAACUCGCUCUCGUCCCUGUUUCAAAUCAUUUCGCUGGAAGGCUGGACCGACCUGCUGCUGAACCUGAUGAACAUCACUGCGCGCGGACAGCCGCCAGAAACGUUUGCCAGUCCGGGAAACGGGAUGUUUGUCAUCAUUUUCAUCUUCUGCUCCAUCGUCAUCAUUCUCAACCUGUUCGUCUCUGUUAUCAUCAACAAUUACUCGGUCCAGACAGGAACAGCCUUUUUGAACGACAAACAGCGUGCUUGGUACGAGGUCAAACGUGUUCUGAGCCAGGUUCAUCCUUCCAAACGGAAGGACGAAUCUUCCAUGAGCGGCUUCCGCAAAGCUUACUACCACCUCGUGGUGGAUAAAAAUAAAACCUACACGAGCAUAGUGAACGGGUUUUAUUUCAUCCAUGUGGUUGGUCUGCUGGUGGAGUUCUACCCAGCGAAUUUUGCCGAAAACAACUUCCGCUAUGCCAUCACCACUCUGUCGACCACGGGACUUGCGUGCGAUACUGUGCUGACGCUCUACGCUUUGGGCCCAAAACUGUUUUUCAGAAACGGUUGGAACAUCUCGCGGCUCAUCAUCGUGGUUGGUGCCUGUGUGAUGUCGGCGGUCGCCUUCUUUGUGUCCAGACAGUCCGUCUACGCCAACAUCAACAAGCUGUUCCUCGUGGGGGUGCUACUUUUCCUCAUUCCUAGAGUGGAUACGUUCAACCAGCUAUUCAGAUACGCGUCUGCCAGUCUUCCGACGCUGCUAGCGCUGAUAUACACCUGGCUAGUCCUAUUUCUGGUCUAUGCCAUUGCGCUGAAUCAGGUCUUUGGACUCACCAGACUGGGCAAGAACACAACAGGCAACAUCAACUGUCGUACAGUUACAAAGUCGCUCAUUCUGCUCUUUAGAGUGAGUUUUGGCGAAGGCUGGAAUUACAUCAUGGACGAUUUCAGGGUAGGUGCCCCUUACUGCUCCAGUGCUGUAAGUCGGUACAGCUCUGAUUGCGGCCAGAACGUCUCUGCGCACAUUCUAUUUUUCUCGUGGAACGUUCUGUCGAUGUACAUUUUCCUCAACAUUCUUAUUUCCGUGGUGAUCAACAGUUUCAGCUAUGUGUACAACUCGUCCGGGCCUCAUUCGCUGCUGACUAGAGACGAGAUCCGCAAAUUCAAGAGGUCCUGGAGAGAGUUCGACCCCGACGGGUCUGGCUUCAUCGACCCGUCUCAGCUGCAACCAUUUUUGAGCAGCUUGGACGGAGUGCUGUCCUAUAAAGUUUAUCCCGAGAAGUUCUCGAUUCCAAAUAUCACCUCGCAGUGGAUCACAAAACACAGCAACGAUCCGUAUGAGCUGGAGUACGACUUUGAGAAAUUGGACGAGAUCAUGGCGACAAUUGAUUUCCGCAAGGUGAAGGAACGAAGACGUCGGUACAACAGAUUGAUAAUCGAGGCGUAUCUUAAAAUGGUGCAGACCAGUGAUGGUCCGAAGAUUGAGUUCACCAAACUGCUGCUCCAAAUAGGGUACUAUUCGCGGUUCCAGGACAGCACGUGUCUGACACUGGAGGAUUUCGUCAAAAGAUACGUUUUGAUCCAGAAAAUCAACAAGGUGGCCAGAAAACUGAAGAUCGAGUCGACUAUCCAAAUGGUGUUGUCCCGGUUGAGACUUUUGAUUGGAAAUCUUAACCAAAGCAGCAAUCCACCGCUGCAAAGAAUCAAUCGUCGGGUGGCCACAGAGAUUUUCGACCAGGACGAUCUUUACGGAACCCAUGGAGACGAUUACGACAAUCCGUUUAAUAAUAAUGAGCUAUACAGAAGUGUUUCGGAAACCAGUCUGAAUCCGUUCAACGAUCCGUUCAGUGACCCAAUAGAGGAGGAGCAAAUCGUGCCGCCGGCCAGCAGGAGAAGCGAGAGCUAG